CCCCACCUGACCCCUUUCCACGACCACCGUCCACACCCGCCGCUUCUUGUACAUACCUCUCGACAGCGCGAUCAUGUCAGACAGUACAGCCAACGACCACACCGACAUCGCCAUGACCGAGAGCCCGCCCCCUGUUCCGCCCCUGCCCCGCUCCGCAUCGAACCCGAAACCGAAGGGCAUCCUUAAGAACGCCUCUGUGCCGGGCCAGAAUCAGCACAGCCUGCAGUGGGACGAGGAGAACCUCGCGCUGACGGAGAUCCAGAAAGACAGUCUGAUGAAGAUCACGGAGCCCAAGACGCCGUUUGUGAGGUAUAACGCGGAGCUGGAUCAGGUCGAGGGCGACAUCCCAGAGCUCCACCUCGGGCACAACCGCGUCAGCUCGCCGACCAACUCGACCACAUCUGUGGGUGCGCCUACGCCUGCGCCCGUCGCCGCCGUCGCCACCGCAGCAGCAGCAGCAGCAGCAGCGCGCUCGCCCUCGCCGACGGGCGCGGACACCUCGGGCCCGUCGUCGCGGCGCACGUCGCUCUCGAGUGUGCCCGCGAGCGCGGGCGGCCGUUCGGGCGGGAGCACGACGAGCAGCCGGAGCACGAGCUUCAGUCUGCCGCAUGAGGCUAGGGGCGAUAUUCACGAUCACGACCACGACGUGGGUGUGGUCGUGGGCGCGGGCGGGAUGGAUCCGGGGGAGGAGGUCGAGCUGGAUGAGGAGAUGGAUGAGGAAGCGGCUGCGAAGCACGCUGCGUUUGUGCGUGCGCGGGGGAGACACUAUUCGAAUGAGGCCGAGGCUAUGAAGCUGGCUGCGAAGCUGAUGGAGAUGGAGGACGACGUGGAGGAGACCAACGACGGCGCGUCGCAGGCGGGCGAGCCUGCCGUGAUCAACGGUGUCGUGCACGGCGAUUAGACGCUAUUGGCGUUGUGCUUCCUCCCUCGCGGAGCGCGGUCUGUGAUACUCAUAUACGUGAUGACGGGUGCCGACGUUAGAAUGGGUUACGGUGGGGUGACUUGAUCGUGAAUACGGAGGAUUUCCAAUCGAUGUAAUGUACAUUGUAUGUAUGAGCCGAUGUCGAUGGUGAUGAUGGUGUCGAGGUUACUGCAGUGGGUACGGGUGUGCAUUUUUGCCUGUCUAGUCGACUCUUACAUUGUUGUAGUUGUGUAAUACCUUUUUGAACUGUC